AAUCAAUAUGACAGAUUUCCUAACCUGAGUCAUCAUUUAAAACUUUGAUACUUUAAUACUAACUUCUAUACUAACUCGCUUCGCGACACUUUUUUGCCAGAUUCUUAUGUUUUAUGCAAAAAUGUGUCGAAGCAUAAAUUCAUUGAUCGGUACUGUCAGAUAAAAUACAAUUACUAUAUAAGUUUUGGAGCUAUCAUUAUUAUGAUUAACACGGACAUAGACAUGUUUUAUAUCAUACCACCAAAUGGAGAAAUACCUCUUUACAUUUUAGAGGAUUGCGUCUUGUCCAGAUUAAAUUAUUUAAAGCAUCUGUAUGAAGACACUAUUAGUGAAUUUGAUGGAAAUUUUGAAUAUUUAGUAGAAAAUUCUACUUACGAUAAAAUUGGACAUUUUAUGUUACGAUUAUUAGCCUGUGUAUCAUCAGAUUUAUAUACCUACUGGAUAAGCAAAGAAUCAUUGUUAUUUAAACAUAGAUUAGAUCAUAUAUUACCUAAACAUUUACACAAAUUACUAAGACAAAUUAUAUGGAACUUGCAAUUAUUUAAACAUGAGAAGAAUACAACAGAAAUAACUCUGAUUGAGUUAUGCAAAUUUUAUUCAAAUCCCUUAGUUUUUAAACAUUUGGUGUCAAAUUGUCACAACUGUAAUGAUUUUCAAUAUAAAGUAAGAUUCGAAACAUUACCAGAUCUGAUAAAAGAAAGAGAACUAGAGCUUAAGAAUGGGAGUGUUAUUACAUAUUGUUCAAAUUGGAAAAAAAUACUUCAGUCAUUAUUUAGUAGCUAUAUAACUAAUGAGCUGAAUAUUACGAGGAAACAAGCUCAGCAUACUAUAAAACAUGAUCUUAGAUUGACUAUUUUACAGCGGAAAGUUGAUUUAUAUCUUUUCAAGAAGGGUACUAAUCAUGGAAAUAUAACUAUUGAUAACAUAGAUACUGAAGUACAGAAAUUUCCUUUGUGUAUGCAACAUUUGCAUUCUGUAUUAAGAAAUAGGCACCGACUUAGUCAUUACGCGCGUUUACAUUAUAGUCUUUUUCUCAAAGAAAUUGGGAUGAAUCUAGAAGAUGCAAUUAUUUUUUGGAAACAGGAAUAUUCCAAGCCACAUACUUGUACUUCUACAUGUUCACAUAAUUGGCAAUCCAAUGAAAAAAAAUUUGUAUAUAGCAUCAGACAUAUGUAUGGCUUAGAAGGAUCUCGAAGAAAUUAUAAAACACCUAAUUGUAAUUUAAUUUGGGCUGGUGUUAGUGGAGUAUAUGAAGGUGGUUGUCCCUUCAACAACUUUGAUACAGAUACACUCAGAAAUCUUUUACAAACUUCAGUAACAGAAGAUCAAAUGAAAACGUUUCUAAAUAAUGAUUCAAUUAAGAGACCAGAAGUUCUUUGUACAACAUUUCGGAGACUUACGGUUAAAGACAAUAUUAAUGACAGUAUCAUCACAAAUCCAGUACAGUAUUAUAAAAAACUUACUAAUUAAUAUAUAUAUAUAUAUA